CAACUUUUAAUUCAAAGGCAUUUGAUUUAAUCAUAUGAUUUUUACUUUUUGGAUAUGGUUUAGUUAUAUGGUAGCCUAAAAAAUUUGCAACAAGUUAGGAGUUUUUGUUACCAGUCUUGCUCAUAUCUAUCCAAUGUCAGACCCUAGUCUUACUCAUUCCCUUGAAUUUAUGCAUUAUUUCACGUAACAAACCUUUUGAUUCUACGUUUUCUCUCUGAUUUCUUUCAAAAAUCACAACCCAUUAGAGAACAAUGAAUGACUCUGAACAACCCACACAAAGUCUUCCUCUUCCGAUGUUAACCCCGUUUCAAAGAAUGUUUGCCCACCCAAAUAUUCCACCACUUCAACAACAACCAUUGCCGUUAACCUUGAAUAUUCCUCAACCAUCACAUCCUCCUCCACCACCACCUCAAGAUGUUGUUGAUAACCAUGCUCCUGUUCGUUCUCGCCGACGAGGUCCGCCUCGUAACGGACCAAUCCCUACUCCAUUCAUAUGGGCCACCGACCGCCGAGCAAAAAUUCACAGCUUGAACCAUCUUCUCCAAAACAGAAUCUUUAACAUCACCGGCGAUGUUAAAUGCAAGAGUUGUCAAACAAAGUUCCAGAUGUCGUUUGAUUUGGUGGCGAAAUUCGAUGUAAUCUCCCAAUAUUUAGUUACAAACUUCAACACCAUGCAUGAUAGGGCACCAGAGACUUUGAUGUAUCCAAGAUUGAUGAAGUGUGUGCAUUGCAAUCAAGAAAACUGUGUGAAACCGGUAAUUGCUGAGAAGAAAAAGAAUAUCAAUUGGUUGUUUCUGUUGCUAGGACAAAUGCUUGGUUGUUGUAAGCUUGAACAAUUGAAAUAUUUUUGCAAGUAUAAUAGCCAUCAUCGAACCGGUGCCAAGAAUAGGGUUCUUUAUUUAACUUAUCUUGAACUUUGCAAACAACUUGAUCCUUCCCUACCCUUGAUCUAGAAUUAGGGUUAGGGAUUUUCUAUUAUGAUUUUAUGUUGGUUUUAUUUUAUGUUAGUUUUAACGUUUCUGGUUUUUUGAUUUUGUGAUUUGCUGCAGACUCUAUUUUUAGAAUUUAUAUUUGGAAACGUAUUUCUUAUGGGUUCACCAAAAGUACAAUAUUAAUCUGUAUAUGAUUUUUGUAUAUGUUUUGUUUCUGAAUCCGGUUAAAUUCUCCUUGUAUACAAUGAUCCUUAUCAAA